CAUACAAUGGAGCUUACAGGUGCAACGCGAAUUUCCUUAUUUCUUGCUGUUAUUGCGUUUAUAGCAUACAGAUAUACGUCUAUGAAACAAACAAAACUUACAGUGGAUAAUGUAAACUCAACAUAUGAUUAUAUAAUUGUUGGCGGUGGUUCCGCCGGAUGCGUGCUUGCAUCCCGACUGUCGGAAGACCCGGAAAUUAGGGUCCUGCUACUUGAGGCGGGUGGGGAGGAAACCGGAAACAUCAACAUAUCUAUUCCGGUUGCAUCGCCGGCAGUCUUUAACACAGCGUGGGACUGGGCUUAUCAUACAACACCACAGAAAAACUCCGGAUUCUCCCAAUUAGGUGGUGAGAACCGACACUUCUGGCCACGAGGGAAAGGCAUUGGAGGAUCCAAUAAUCUGAACGCAUUGCAAUAUGUCAGAGGGAGUCGGCAUGAUUUUGAUGAAUGGAAAGAGCUAGGAUGCGACGGCUGGGGGUAUGAAGAUAUUCUUCCAUACUUCCUGAAAUCUGAAGACAUGCGUGUGGAUGAUCUCAAGAAUUCAAGAUACCAUAAUUCCGGAGGACCACUCGCGGUAACGAAAAAGUCAGACUCUCCAUUAGGGAAACGUUUUGUUAACGCAGGAAAACAGCUAGGAUUCAAAGAGAUCGAUUACAAUGGUAAAGAACAGAUCGGUUUUGCAGAAAGUCAAAUUAAUGUAAAACAUGGUACACGUGUAAGCACGGUGGUUGCAUUCUUACGACCAGCAAUGGGCCGAACGAAUCUACAUGUAGUCGUCAACGCGCAUGUUACAACGGUCAUAAUCGAAAAGAAGUUAGCAAAGGGCGUUGCAUUCAUUAAAAACAAUAGAAAGCAUGUUGUUUCUGCAAAUAAAGAGGUAAUUCUUUGUGCAGGCGUCAUUGGUUCUCCGCACAUUCUGAUGUUGUCUGGCGUUGGCCCGAAGCAGCAUUUAGAAAAAUUUAAUAUACCGGUUAUUUUGGAUUUACCUGUUGGACUAAACAUGGAAGAUCACAUUUACUCUUUUAUUCCGACGACAAUAAAUUCCUCUGAAGGAUUUACUGGACCUAAAGCGGAGUCUAUUUCAUCAAUUGCUCAAUAUAUGGUAUUCGGUGAAGGACCCCUAUCAGCACCAUUGUUACCUGGGACAGCUUUUAUAAAAUCAUCAACAUGUGAAACCAGGUAUCCUGAUCUACAGUUUCAUCUUAUGGCAGCAUUACCAAUAUCUGAGAACGCGAGGGUUUUAGGAUAUGAAUCCGAAGGGUUAUUUCCUGAAACAUGGACUGACGGACUUCUUAUGGCGACAAUAUUACUUCACCCAAAAAGUAAAGGAAGUGUAUCGUUGAAAAGUAAUUACCCUUUCGAUUAUCCAAAUAUUGAUCCUAAUUAUUUUGAUCUCGAGGAAGAUGUUCGGAAAAUGAUAGAAGCCAUAAGAAAGGGUAUAGAACUGCUCAAAACAAAACCAUUUGCCGAAAUAGGAGCGGAUUUCAGCCGAUUAAACGUGCCUCAUUGUAGUCACAAUGAAUUUCUGUCAGACGAACAGCUCAAGUGCUUUAUUCAACACUUUGCUGCGACUCUGUAUCAUCCGACCUCAACCUGCAGAAUGGGUUCACUAAACGAUAAAACUUCAGUGGUCGAUCCCCAGUUGCGUGUGAAAGGCAUCAGGAACCUCCGAGUGGUGGAUGCCUCUGUCAUGCCCCAUGUUACUUCUGGUAACACAAAUGCUCCGACAAUCAUGAUUGCAGAAAAGGCUGCGGAUAUGAUUAGAGGAAUUUAUAGUGUUGCUGAGUUACGCAGGAAGUUGAAUAAACAUGAUAACGUUGGCAAAUGAAUGCUAAGCGUCAGAGAUAAAUCACUUGGUGGUUCACGAAAUGAUUCCAACUCUAUCAUCAGUCCCAAGGUGCGUAUGAACGGCAUCAGGAGCCUUCAAUGUUAAACAUACCUAAACAUAAACAUACUUAGUUUUUUAUAUAGUAUUCAUGCACUGUGUUGUAUGUGGAAUUUUGCAAUUUUGUUCCAUGUUUCUUGCUUGUGAUUUAUUGUUUUUGUUUUCUAUGUCUUUUGCGUUUACCCCUGUGCAAUUAAACGGGGUUUAUGUUCAAACUGUUGGCUACUGAGCUUGUUUCUGUAGUUUUUCAUAUAAAAAUGGAUGCCUCUGUUUUACCCAAUUUUACUCCCAGAAACAUAAAUGCUCCGACUUACAUGAUUGCAGAAAAGGUCGACUUUAUAAUCAAAGGAAUUGACCAUAAAUUUCAAGGUUCAAAUAAAAAGUGGCAUUUUGCAAGCAACAAAAUGUGCUGGUUGGUUUUAGAUGUUCAAAUAUAUUGAAAACAAUCAAACAUGUUUUCACUUAUUUAGAUAUUAUAAGCUCGGAUUAUGUAUUCUCCGUUGUGUAAAACAUUCGACAUAAUGAACAGUUUUAUAUUCCUGCAGUUUCCUUUGUAGUUAUCAAACCUAAUAUCAAAUUAUUCCGUGACUGCUGUUUUAGAUUUAAUUGGGUUUUUAUUUGCAAUAGUGUGAUAUGAUAAAGAAACCAACGUGCGCGUGUUUUAAAAGCGUUAUAUGGACUUCCAAAUGCCCAUUUUAUGUUAUCAAUGUUGUGUUAUUUUAUAGUAUGUCGAAAAACAAUAUAUAUUACGCAACGGUGUGGGUGGCACCACACUAAAGACCUUUCUGUCACAUAUAAUGAUAAAACAUAUGUUAGUUUCACCACAUGCAUAAAUAAAAGUAUCAUACAUCAGGGUAAAACUAUCACACGUACUGUUGUUCCCACCACACAAAAUGACAUUUCUGGCACGUACAUUAUGAAACCGUCACAUGCAUAGGUGGUAUCACAAAUCAGGGUGACUCUAGUACCCGUAAUGUUUACUUCAACACAUGAAAUGGUGAUUCUGUCACAUAUAAUGUACUAUAAUGAUAAGACCGUAACAUAAUAAAUGUCUUCACAUGUACGAAGAAAAGUGUCAUACAGCAUGGUAAAACCAACACAUGUAAUGUUGACCCCAGCGUAGGGAAUGACAAUUUUGUCAAAUGUAAUGAUAAUACACUCACAUGUGUAAACAAGAAUGCCACAUAUCAAGGUGAAAGCGUCACAUAUAAUGCGGUUUUGCCCUGGACGUCAACAAAUUGCAACGUCAAUUUGGGCAAUUGCGGCGUUCAAAUACUAAGACGUGGUGUGUCUUUUGGAGGGGGGGUCCUUACUCUUCUAUUUUAUUUUUUUGUUUUAUACGACACCAAGAUACAUGUUAUGUGUUAAAGAAGCCUACAAUACUUGUAUUUCUUUUUCCAAAUAAUGACCAUACCAUUAACUUCACUAUUUAUUUUCAAUUAUUCAUCUGUGUGUAUUCGAUUUCAUAUUAAUGUGAUAUUAGAUACGAAUGGGUUAAUAUGUUGUAUUUUGUACACCGGAUAGAUCUCUGCUCCAGAUAAUAUAUAUAAACAUAAGCUUGCAAUGAAAGACGGUGAAUUAUAGAUGGUGAAUUAUA